AUGUGCGCCCGCCUCACCAUCACCCAGGUCUUUUUCAACGAUGCGGCCGCGGCCCCUGCCGACAACGACGAGACCGGAGGGCUGGAGUGCGUCUACACGUUCCCCGUGGAAGAGCUGGCCACCGGCGUGGCGACGUACUCGUGUCCGCUGGUGGUGUGUGGCGUCGAGGUUGAGAUCGGCGACACCCGCGUCGUUGCCGAGGUGCAGCCCAAGCAGGAGGCCAUCGCCACAUAUGGUAAUGACGCCAUCAGCAGCGGGCACGGCGCCUAUCUCGUGGAAACGGUGAAGGGUGUGGGCUACCGCAUGUCCAUCGGCAACCUCCCGGCAGGCCAGACUGCUACCAUCACCUUGCGGUGUGUGCAACAGCUCACGCCGCUGGUCAGCGGUGACCUCCAGUUUGCGCUAAGCCACGGCCUGGUGCCUGCGAGCUGCGCCGACUUCUCGCUGGCGCUCGACAUUCGCCAGACCACUCCCGGCGGGAUCAAGAGCGUGACCUGCCCGACCCACCCAGAAUGCGAAGUCCUUCUAGGUCUGCCCUCACACCACCGACCUUCGUUCCACGCUAUGCGACUGGCCAACUAA